AUGUCAGACGAUCAGAUUUCCUUGCCAUACUUUUUGGCCAUUCUGGUCGGUAUAGGCCUGCUUGUGCGGUAUCUAUUCUUCGGCAGCAGCAGUCCAUCAUCGUCAUCGUCGUCAUCGAGACGUCCAUCAUCCGAAUCAGUACUCAGAGCGAGAGAGGUGGCUGUCGAGCGUAUACAGCAAAUGUUCCCGCAGGCGGAGAGGAGGAGCAUACUGUGGGAUCUGCAGAGGAAUGGGAUGAAUAUCCAGAAUACGAUAGAGAGGAUCCUAGCAGGACGAUUGGAGACGCCACCCAUCACUUUCCAACCUCCUCUUCCCCCGGGUCACGCAACGACGUCGACGACAACCACGACCAGACAACAAGCCGAUAGACCCGCCCAGCCGGACCUGAUUACGCGGUACAACCUGAGCGGGAAGCUGGGGACGGCCGAGGUUGGAUCGGGUGCGCACGGGGACGGUGGCGGUGAUGACAAAAAGGGCAAAGGGUGGAGCACGAAUCGGGAUGAGAGGCAGGCUACCCUUCAGAGGAGAAGAGAUGAGAUGAUUCUGGCGGCGAGGAGGAAGAUGGAGGCUAGGAUGAAGGCGGAGGGGAAGACUGCCUAG